AAUUAUUUUAAAGUUGAUAGUAGGUCAACGGUUCAAAUCCUUCACCGGUCAUCCUGGGGAAACGGCCUGAGUGAGAGCUGUCAAACGCCCAGCAUAACCUUACAUUCGCUACUAGUACAUGUCAACAAUCGUAAACAAACUUGGAGAAAUAUAAACAAACUUACAAGAACAAUGGAUACAAAUUUAUACGAUCACAUAAUUCGCCGCAUUCAGAACUAUAAAGGACUAACAAGGAACUGUCUUGAGAAAUUGCAAGAGUCUUUUCCCAGUGUGAGUUAUGAUACCCUAUACAGCAUUCUAAGCACAGAGUACCUAAGAAAAAUGCGAUAUAGUUAUGGUAGGAACCAGAGUAGUCGCAACAGAUAUUGGGAUCUUUACCAUAAAGGGAUUAAAAAUUGUGAGGAGCCUGGUAUCCUUGUGAGGCUCUCUGAAACUUACGAAGUCGCCCCAUGCUUGAUGGCCAAGUUGAUUUUACAAAAGUAUUGUGACGAACAUGAAGAAAGAAACCCGGACAAGAAGGAGUCUUUGAAUGUUAAUAACUAUUUGAGGAAUACCCAGUUGAUUCCUGAUCCGGAAUUGGCUCGGGAGGUUUUUUUGUGCACAAUUUAUGACAACUUAUAUAGUCCACUGGCAAAUAAUAUGAAAAUGUCCUUAGGACAGCAAUACGAAAUAAGACUGCACAAAGAGGCGGUCCAACUGGGUUUAGCGUUCCGUACCGAGGAAUAUUUAAGAAAGUACGGCUACGAUAAGACUCCCGAUUUAAAGCUGGACGUGCCGGUAGCCGUGGACGGUUUCGUUAUUAACUGGAUCGAGAGUAAGGCGUUGUUUGCCGACUGUGAGGUGCACAGAGACUAUAUGAAAAAUCAGUAUUUAAGUUACUGGAACAGGUUCGGUCCCGGACUAGUCAUUUACUGGUUCGGCUAUUUAAAAACCAUAACAGAACCGUCCGAAAAACGUUUCAUAAUUCGUGAUAAUUUACCUGCCGAGGACAUAAAGUCGCUAUUGAACAUAAUUGAACCGCCCGCUAGUUGGUCUAAGAAGGAUGACAUGGCACUUUAAUUGUUUGGCGAAUGCCUGAUACACUAAAUGUUCAAUUCUUGAAUCUAGAUUAAUAUCUUGUUAUUGAAUAAAUUAGCAACAACUUAAA